UUACGUGGCCGCAAAACAGAAAAAAUAUUGGUAAUUGACCAAUUGGUGAGAUUAAUCAGGGUGGAAACUGGAGAGUGGAUAGUCCAAACUGCAAAAGCAUUAAUAGGAGCGAGAGCUGAAACUUAUUUAUUUAUUUGAUUUUGAUUCUGAUUGUAAUAAUAUAAUUUUGAAUUGGGCGACAAAGAUAAGAGAAGAUAAAAGAAGAGUGAUGAGUGUGGAUGAUGGCGAAACCGGAGAAUAUUGAAUUGGGGGUCAAGAAGACGGGAUCAUCGGUCUACGCUCAAUGCAAUUCAGCAAAAGUGCACCCUUCCAAUGAUCCCGAAUCGGAUCCUGAUUCCUUAGCCCUCGAGAAAUUCAGGCUCUAUGAAACCAGAGCGCGGUUCUACCUGAUCGGGAGUGAUCGCCACAAGAGGUUCUUCCGAGUACUGAAAAUCGAUCGAUCAGAGCCCUCUGAUUUGAAUAUCAGCGAAGACCCUGUCUUGUAUUCCCCACAUGAAAUCAAAAGCCUCCUUCAGCGUAUUGCCGAAGGCAAUAGGGCCACCGGCGGCCUCACUUUCGUCGCCAAGGUCUUUGGAAUUGCCGGGUGCAUUAGGUUUCUGGAAUCCUAUUAUUUGAUUCUUGUUACUAAGCGUAGACAAAUUGGUUCCAUAUGUGGUCAUGCUAUCUAUAGCAUCAGAGAAAGUCAAUUGAUUACAAUUCCGCAUGUUACAAUUCAAUCUGACGUAGCUCACUCUAAAACUGAGCAAAGGUACAAAAAGCUUCUCUCCAGUGUCGAUUUGACGAAGGACUUCUUUUUUAGUUACACUUACCCUAUUAUGCAAAGUUUGCAAAAGAAUGUCUCGACUGAUCCAGAUGGAGGGAUGUCGUAUGAUAAUAUUUUCGUUUGGAAUGCUUAUUUAACACAAGCAAUCAGAUCAAGAUGCAACAACACCAUUUGGACCAUAGCUUUAGUUCAUGGCCAUUUUAAGCAGGCUCGCCUAUCAAUCUUUGGAAGGGACUUCGGUGUUACCUUGAUUUCUAGACGUUCUAGACAUUUUGCAGGCACACGGGAAGGAUUGAAGGAGGAGGAGCAACAAACCAGUUACUUGAAAAGGGGGGUGAAUGACCGCGGGAGAGUUGCUAAUGAUGUUGAGACAGAGCAGAUUGUCCUUGAUGAAGAAGCUGGCUCUUGCAAGGGUAAAAUGAGUUCAGUUGUGCAAAUGCGAGGGUCAAUACCACUUUUUUGGUCACAAGAAGCUUCGAGAUUUAGCCCUAAGCCUGACAUAAUCUUGCAGAGGUAUGAUCCAACAUAUCAGGCAACAAAAUUACAUUUUGAAGAUCUUGCUAAGAGAUAUGGCAAUCCGAUUAUUGUGCUUAAUUUGAUUAAGACAGUUGAGAAACGACCUCGAGAAAUGAUGCUUAGGCGUGAAUUUGCAAAUGCUGUUGGGUAUCUGAACCAAAUUCUACCUGCAGAAAAUCAUCUUAAAUUUAUUCACUGGGACUUUCACAAGUUUGCAAAGAGCAAGUCCGCCAAUGUUUUGGCAGUUUUAGGAGCUGUAGCAAGCGAAGCACUUGAAUUAACAGGCUUUUACUACAGUGGUAAACCCACCAUCAUAAAGAGGACCAACAAGAGCAACAGAACAAGUUCAGGGAUGGAUGCUUCACUUAGAGAUCUUAGAGCUAGUUCUGGGGACCUUACAAGAAUUGGAACUGCUAGUGAAAUGCUAAAUUCUCUGGUCAUUCGAGACAGAGAAAAUGAUGCGAGCCAUCAGAACCAAAAGACGAGUGCUAGUGGUGAUGCACCACGCUAUCAGAGUGGAGUUCUACGUACCAACUGCAUUGAUUGCUUGGACCGUACAAAUGUUGCCCAGUAUGCUUAUGGACUUCAAGCUUUAGGACGUCAGCUCCAUGCAAUGGGUUUGACUGAUGUGCCAAAAGUGGAUCCUGAUAGUAGUAUUGCUGCUGCACUAAUGGACAUGUAUCAAAGUAUGGGAGAUGCACUUGCACAGCAAUAUGGCGGUUCUGCAGCUCACAAUACUGUGUUUCCUGAAAGGCAGGGAAAAUGGAAAGCAACAACACAAUCAAGGGAGUUUUUAAAAUCUAUAAAACGAUACUAUAGCAAUGCAUAUACUGAUGGUGAAAAACAAGAUGCAAUAAACUUAUUUUUAGGUUACUUCCAACCACAGGAAGGGAAACCUGCUCUGUGGGAGCUUGAUUCGGAUUAUUAUCUCCAUGUAUCUGGUAUUGGGGAUGAUCUGAUUCCUGAGAGUUGUUGCGAACUGAAUGCCAAGCCUGCCGGAAGUAAUGGAAUGACAUUCACACCUAUACCAGCUUGCAGAGAAGACUUCUGCCGCAUAAAAUUGACUUCAUUUGACAAGUUGAUUGAAAAGACCUGUAGCGCCAUUAAAAAUGUAAGGCUUUGCAGUGAACCUGAUCAAAGACCAGGUGGUGUCUCUGGAAGCAGCGGUGUUGCACCUGAUGCAGCUGAGAUACAACUUAAAAGCCCCAAUUGGCUUUUUGGCCAGAGAAAGUAUGAAGAAAGCUCCUCUGCUGCAAAAGCUACUACUCGAGAAAUUGACAUUGAAGGAUCUCAGGUUAAUGGCUUUUGCAACUUGAAUUGGCUUUCAUCUAGCGGUGAUAUGAAUGAAGAGGAUGUUUUUCAAAGGUACCUCACAAUGACCUCGGCGAAUGAGGCCAACGGCUGGUAUGGAGGUACCCUCCUUGGUGAUCAAGAUGAAAGCAGUGAGAUAUAUAAACAUUAUGCUGAUCUGUGCCAGGGACCUUCAUUGGAACUCUUCCAAAAUGACCCAGAGAGAGAGCAACACUAUGCAAAUGCUUUGAGCACAAGUUCAUUUGAAAUUCUAAAUGAUGGUGCCAUUGCCGUGGAAAUGGAAGCAGCUCUAAAGGAGUAUGAACAUGUUGGGACUGACCUUGGAAUCAUUCCCACAUCUUGUAAAUUCUUCGCCGAUGAUCCAAGCUGGUUGACCAGAUGGUUAAUUGGGGAAGAAAAAGUACCUAGGAUAUCGUGAGUCCUUUUUUUUAUAGUAGGAUAUCACGAGUCCUUUUUAUGCCAUGUAACACCAAGUUUUAUCACAGUUUUUCGAAAAUUAUUAAUUAUUAAUCCUUCAAUCGCGUUGGUUACAACGUCCAAGUUGAUUCCCAUGUACCAUAUGUCAAAAUCAUAACAUCUAUAUUAUCUAUUGUAAUAGUAUAGGAAAGUUAUCAGGUGUACCUAGGAACAUCGGUGUUCCAGUUGUUUUAACAGUUGGUUUUAAUUAAUAUAUAUUAUAUAUAUUUUUUAUAAUUUAAAUCAACGGUUAAAACAACUGGAAUACCGAUGUUCCCGGUACACUUGAUAACCUUCCAAUAGUAUAUAUGUAUAAGAUUUAGGUAGGAAAAUGCUAUUUGUUCUUUAAAGUUUAUCUUUUAAUUAAUUUUUAAAUUUAAUUUAUUUUGUUAUAUUAUUUUUUUAAUUUU